AUGAGUGUCUUCGAAAGAGUCCGCGAAAAAGCCAACGAAUCCAAAUGGUCCAGCCUCCCAUAUAAAGGUUAUGUAGCUGGCUCACCAACCGAUACUUUUAACGAAAUCGUCAGCAUGUCGUUCCAGGAUGUAAACAGCAACUACAAUCAUGCUAAACAUUCCCGCUACGAAGAGAUGUACACUCCUUACCUAGGAGCAUUCAGAACACGAAAAAUGUACACAAGUCUAGCACCAAGUCUUUGUAUAAACUACAAUAACAGAAGUUGCAACUAUCGUGAAACACCUCACAAGUCGUAUUUGCCUAAGCAAGGCGAAUGGCUUGUACGAAAAGAUAAAGAUUACCGAAUAAGACUACCUCGUAAUCCGGUGCAGUCCAGGGCUCAAAGCGAACCACCGGCACAGGCUUCAUCAAGAAGAUGUCUCACAGUGCCAACAUCAACAACUCGAGUCGACAACCAUUUCUUAUAUUGGCAGGGCAGAGCCUCUGGAGUAAAGUACAUUUCACCAUUUCUUCAAUAUCCUGACCACAGUAUUCAUGAGGAUCGUCGCUAUCAAAGAAUUUUCUGGUCACCAGAAUUCAUAAACAUCACACCAUCUUGCCGCCAUGCCACUCAUCUCAUGCUUUCUGCCUAUUAA